AUGCCCGCCCAUGGAUUAUCGCGAGUGACCGUCCCAAGCAUGGAUAGCUACAAUGCGAUCAAAGACAACUUUAGGAAAGCGGUGCUCAAUGUGUUGUCAACCACGCUCCCAGGGAACAAAGACGCGGCAAAGCGGGCUUUACUCGAAAAGGAGCUCCUCAAGUGGGUAGACGACACAUUUGCGCUUGCUGGGCCGAAUCUGCGCGUCAAUGGCGUCAACUUUGAAGAAUAUGUGGAUCAGCCGCGUCGCUUGCCCUUUGACGAGGCGCUGGACCGGACCGUGAUUGCGUUGCAGGAGCAAUCUGGUUUGCUCGAACGACAGCGGGCGGCGGAAAAGGCCCUUUUGUCGGAGCUCGAAGAGGUACCAUCAGUAGCGGACGAGGACGAAUUCUCCUUUGUUGCGCGAGAACCCGAGUUGCGAGAGGAGAUCCUCGAGGCGCAACGAGAGGCUGAACGACUAAAAGAGACUAUACCGCGCGAGCUUCAGCGUGCACAAUGGGUUCAAGAGGUCUCCGCCGAACUUGCCGCUCAGCCAACGGCACAGAGACAACGUUGA